AUGUAUAACGAGCAAUACUUCGAGGAGGAGGAGAAUAGUUCUGUGCCAACAGAACCGUCUGUUGGUUACAACUAUGUUGCAUGGCCCCAGCAGGUAGCCCUAUCCGUCAAUGUUUCCUUGCCUGUUUUAUGGGUUCAAACGGGUUCCAUUGAGCAGGCAUCCUACCUUACCGCUGGGCAGGAACCCGGACCCUCGUUUCCGGUAUACCCACAAGCACCCACAAGCACGACGCAUGGGGGCCCUCCGGGCGUGUACGAGCCUUUUGCGCAAUACUCUGCAACAUUCGCGACUGGCCAAGCUAUCCCUAUUAGUCCGCAGGCACACGGAAAUUAUUACCUGCCGGCAGGUUCGGCAUAUCUACCACAGGCUUCCACUUGGUCUGGCAGCCAAAUAAUUACACCGUCUCAGGCUCAGGCAUACCUCAAGGAAGAAGGCAGCGACGGAGGCUCUGCGCAGUCCUAUCGCUCCUCCUCCGAAGAAGGUACGCUCGAUAGUAAAGGGAAAGCAGUGUCCACGUCUCCGACAAACCAGUUCUUCGCGCAUGCUCCUCCCGAGAACUGGCAAACUCGAGGCGACAGUACGAUCUUGCAUAUGUAUCGGCCCGGCACUGCCAGUGCUUCCCCGAAAAACACGAGCGCUUUGGUGGCUGUCUUCAAACAGGAUCCCGAGGGCUCCGCCAAAUUGCGCACACCAAACACAGCCUGCUAUCACUGCAAGCAUCGCAGGAUCAAGUGCGAAGACAAGAUAUACACGAAGGCUGGUCGACCCUUCUGCAGCGCUUGUGUUCAGCGCCAAGGCCCGUGUUACUGGCCCCCACGCUACCAUCCCUACCUACAAGCAGACUACCUGACUGUGCGACGGUCCGAGCUGAUGCAGGAAGACCCACAGCGGUACGCAGCGCUGGUAAGCCAAGGAAAGCUUGACGACCAACUGCUGGGGGAGUUUGAUGCAAGCAAGUGCCCUAAGCCCAUAUCCUGGACAUGGCGGUACAACGAACACACAGGCCGAAAGGAGUUUGAUAAUGUCCCUCCCACUGGGAAGGAGAAGACGCCGAAGCGAAGGAAGACGCUCGACGACUACUGGUGGGACCGAUGGUGAAGGCCAGGAAUGGAUGGCCGGCUCUGGAAGUCCACCGUCCGGCGGGCAGAAGACGCGCAUACCCCAUCAACACGUAUAUCUCGAUCGAUGCCAUACCCUCGCUUCUAAUCUGUUUCUUCUGAUCAUGCUUCUCCGCCUUAUGCUUCUUGGCCCACGGGGCUGGUGCUUCUUGCAUUUCGGGGAACAGGCUCCCCCGAUAUCACCUCCCGUUUCCUCCAUGCACACUUCUGACAAUAUAAUACACAACGCUCUUUCAGAUACGUACGUAUACUAACAUUGACCCUUUAUGCUACCAUUACCCCUUUUUUCAUUUCUCAUUCCCGCAAAC